AUGAGGCUGACGCGGGCGGCCGUGCUAGCGAGGGCCAAGGCCGCCGCGCUCGAUGGCGUCCGCCGCCUUAACUGCUGGGGCAGCCACCUGACGGAUAUAUCGAUAUGCCGGGAUUUGCCCAACAUCGAGGUGAUCACGUUCAGUGUGAACGGCAUCUCGGACCUCGAGCCGCUGAAUCAGUGCCAGAAUCUGAGUGAACUCUAUCUGAGGAAGAACAACAUUACAAGCCUAAAUGAGCUCUUCUACCUCAAAAACCUACCCCGGCUGAGGGUGCUGUGGCUGUCUGAAAAUCCCUGUUGUGGGUCGGACCCCCACCGCUACCGAAUGACGGUGCUGCGUAACCUACCCGGCCUGCAGAAGCUUGAUAACCAAGCUGUGACAGAGGAAGAACUGUCCCAGGCCCUGGUUGAUGGCGAGGAGAUCACGGCCCCACCAGCUAGGAGGAACGUGGAGAACGGCUGCCCCGAGUCCACUGAAUCCAGUGCUGCUGAAUCCACAACAGAGACCGAGAGUGAGCUGCUGAACUUCAGUCUGGAGGAGACAAACAAAAUUCGAGAGGAGCUUGGUAUGAAGCCUCUUCCCAGGGAUAAGUUUUCCUCCUUUUCACUUCGAGAGACAGACUGCAACCGAAAGAAGAGAAACAAUGUCCUGAAUGCCAUCCUGCUUCUCAUGAAGGAACUGGAUGCGGAGGGUCUGGAGAUCAUCCAGCAGACGGUGGGGAGGAGGCUCCAGGCCUUUCGGAAGAAGGAGCUGCAGGAGGAGUGACAUGCCCAUGACAAACCUCCCUGGAGCACCAGCCAGCCCCGGACCCGCAGCGCCGUUCUGCCCUCACACGCCUGGCCGCAGCCAAAGCCUCGACGUUUCCUGCUGUGCUUCCCCUGCGGAGGGGCUGGGACGGGGUGCUGCUGGCUGCCCCUGUAGCUCCUGACAUCGCUCCUGGCUGUGCACAUCACGCUGGGGCUGGCAGCGCCUGACCUGGCUCUCGGGAGCUUUCCUGCUUGCGUAGCAGGCUCCUUUAACGUUUGUAUCUCGUGUCGCUGGGGCUGUUUGAUGGGAGCUGCAGGCGAAUCAGCAAAGCAAAAGUGAGCAGGGCUGCAGCGAGAGGUGCUGCUGGGCUGUGCGAUCGAAGGGGGCUGGCAAAGCCUGGUGACGGCUAGAAAGGUCACUGCUUGUCGGUGGCUCGCUGUCAGACUAACCCUCGGCUAGCCUCUGUUUGCGCAUAGCAGGCUCUGAAGGCAGUUUCUACCACAAAGAUUUGUUUUUGUGAAGUCUGUCGGGGAGAUGCUGCCUGCAAUGAUCACCAAGAACUGGCUGGUGCCGAUUGUGAAGGUCAAUGUCAAAUUCUUAAUUUAUCUUCAGCUCCUGACUUCUUCGGGUCCUCGUUAGCGCAUGCAACAUCUGACUUGGCGGUCAGGCGGCCCAAAGAAAAGCUCGGUGCAGCCUAGGUGAAACAGAAAUUAUUCUCUCCCAGAUCCUGAACGCUCAGCUGUACUCUCACCCCCACAUGCCCCUGCAGGCAUUAGAGCAGCUUAAGAAAACUUAACGUCAGAGUAAAAAGCCCCUGUGCGUUUUGCAGUUAGGAGAAAACAAGCCAAGCGUUACUGUCUGGUUUGCACAGGCAUCGGGGAGGCGUUUCUCUUUAACUGAAAAAGCCACAUUUACUGAGAUUUUACAGAGCCGUUAAAUACGAACUAAAACGUUGUGACAUACCAAAUAAAACCAACUAUCCCUCUA